GAAACCGGCGGCAAGCGCUGCUGUAGUGCUCCAGGUCGGAGUGUGCAAAGAUGAGGAAGGUGGUUUUGAUCACCGGGGCUAGCAGUGGCAUCGGCCUAGCCCUCUGCAAGCGGCUGCUGGUAGAAGAUGGUGAGCUUCACCUGUGUUUGGCGUGCAGGAACAUGAGCAAAGCAGAAGCUGUUCGUACUACUUUGCUGGCCUCUCACCCUACCGCCGAGGUCACCACAGUGCAGAUGGAUGUCAGCAACCUGCAAUCAGUGUUCUGGGCCUCCAAGGAACUUAAGCAAAGGUUUCAGAGAUUAGACUAUGUAUAUCUAAACGCUGGGAUCAUGCCUAAUCCACAGCUAAAUAUCAAAGCACUUUUCUCAGGCCUCUUUUCAAGAAAAGUGAUUCAUAUGUUCUCCACAGCUGAAGGACUGCUGACCCAGGAUAACAAGAUCACUGCUGAUGGGCUCCAGGAGGUGUUUGAAACCAAUGUCUUUGGUCACUUUAUGCUGGUUCGGGAACUGGAACCUCUCCUCUGUCACAGUGAUAACCCAACUCAGCUCAUCUGGACAUCAUCUCGAAAUGCAAGGAAAUCUAAUUUCAGCCUUGAAGACUUCCAGCACAGCAAAGGCCAGGAACCCUACAGCUCUUCCAAAUAUGCCACUGACCUUCUGAAUGUGGCUUUGAACAGGAACUUCAACCAGCGAGGUCUGUAUUCUAGUGUGGUGUGCCCAGGUACAGUAAUGACCAAUAUGACAUAUGGAAUUCUAUCUCCCUUUAUGUGGAUACUGCUGAUGCCAAUCAUAUGGUUGCUUCGCUUUUUUACACAUGCUUUCACUUUGAAACCAUACAAUGGAGCAGAAGCACUGGUAUGGCUUUUCCACCAAAAGCCUGAGUCUCUUAAUCCUUUGACCAAAUAUCUGAGUGCCACUACAGGCUUUGGAAGCAAUUAUGUAAUGACCGAGAAGUCAUCCCUAUAUUUGCUUCUUUUCCAGUUGGACAUAGAUGAAGACACUGCUGAAAAAUUUUACCAGAACUUACUGGAACUGGAAAAGCAUGUUAGAGUCACCAUUCAAAAAACAGACAACCAGAGCUGAA